AUGGGUGCAGUCAAUUUCUAUUAUGAUAACAAACCGGGAAUUGGCGGUGAACCGUUGCCGGGUCAGAGAAUUGAUCCACCAAAGAGCAGGUAUCCUGAUGGACAUGGAUCAAGUGCUCCUGCCUGGAUAACCUUUGAUAAACAGGUUCUCUGCUUUGAAGCAUACUUUCAACAAGCGGUUCAUGAAAGUCGUGAUGAGCAGUACCGUGUAAGAAGGUGCCAAGUCCUUUUCUACCUAGAGGAUGAUACAAUCCAGGUUACGGAGCCUCGCAUUCAGAAUUCUGCCCUACCACAAGGCACAAUUGUGCGACGCCAUCGAAUUCGCAAACCACCACCGUACGAAGGAUGCUUCUACACUGUGGAUGACUUUAACGUGGGCAUGGAUCUUGAACUCUACGGGCGUGUCUACCGUUUAGUGUCAUGCGACAAAUUCACCGCCAACUUUCUGCGCAAACUCGGCGUUCGAGUGAAUGAGCCAGAGCCCAUUCCCGACGACCCCUACACAAUUCAUCGCAUAUCGGUCUCUGACGCGAUGCAACCACGACGUCCACAUGAACGUGUUGAUACAUUGCGUCAAUUCCUUAAUCACGAUCGCCACGUCUUGCGCUUCUUCUGUACGUGGGACGACACUGGCAGUCUCUACGGCGAUGUUCGUGACUUUGUACUUAACUACUUCUUAGGUGAUGACACGAUUGAGAUACACGAGAGAAUAUCCGCAAAUUCUGGGCGCGAAUCUGUACCCUACUUUCUGCGACGCCAGAAACUGCCUAAAGGCGUUCCACCACUGCCCCUGCCAGGAACUGUCAGUAACCUAACCAUCCUAAACACCUUGGGGACUGUACAAACCGGUAGCAGACACAUGCUAGAUAGCAUAAAGCUGGGGACUCAACAGCCCGAAUACUACACAGACGCGGACCUCACUUUGGGUGCCGUACUGAAUGUUUUCGGACGAAAAUUCCUUAUUUGUGACUGCGAUGAAUUUACAAAGGAGUUUUAUAGAAAGAAAUACGGCGUCAAAACCUUUACUCCGGUGUGCCCCCCACGAAAUGAGUGUGGCUACACAGUGAAGCGGGAGAAUCCGCCCUACAAUGGCUGGGGCUCGGACGAGGACUCCUUGGCUAACUGCUACAAUCUCAUUCCACGUCCGCCCAAGAAGACGUUCGAAGAAAGCUGCAGUGUGGACGUCCUCCGCUUUGCGGCACAUCUCAUCGCGGGAGUGGACGACGACGGUAUCUGUGGCAAUGUAGAGGUUACCCGAAGGCGAAUCUUCGUCAUCUCCUGCUUCCUGCGUGACAACACCUUUAUGGUGUAUGAACCUCCGGUCGCCAAUUCCGGUUUUAAGGGGGGAAAGUUCAUGGAAAGGCGCAAAGUUAUGAAACCCGGACAACCAAUAUUCCGAACUCAUUUGCCGAGCUAUUACGCACCCUCCGACAUCUACAUCGGCGGCCAGGUAGUUUUCAAUAACUUUGUAUUUGAAAUCUACGGCGCGGAUGAACACACGCUAGCCCACAUGGAGGCUCAUCCCGCCGAAUUCCCCUAUGCAGACGCGCAGGGUGUGUUACGACGUCUACGACCGCUUGUGGAGGGACGGGAGGAGACUAUUCGUCGUCUGGCCACGGAAGCCGAUCCGAGCGGAAGUGGAAGUAUCGAUUUUGCUGAAUUUGGAUGCCUUGUGCGAGAAAUGUUGAAGGAUCCCAGUGUGGAGUCCGUGUGCGUGGUGCCUCACGAGGUUGUCACACUGGCGCGUCAUUAUGCUCUCAAGGUACCAAAAGAGACCAACUACAUGGCGGUGGUGGGGAUGGCUCAACAACAGCUUCGAAAAGUCUCCUUUGAGGCCUUCCAAGAGAUACUUGACGCCUGUCGAUAUGAGGACUUGGAGAACACCGGCAGUAUAGAUCGGGCUGUUUUAAGGCGAAUUUGCAAAGCCAAUCAUCUACCCUUACCCGACGACAUACUACUCACUCUCAUGGAAAUAUCACAAAACUACGACAAUGGAAUGGUGUACUAUGAGAGUUUCAUCAAUCAACUAAACUGGUGCUGCAAUCCCGUGCCUCCAGGCACGGUGCCAUGCGAGUACUCGGGCAACCUUGAGGUUGAUUGGCCAGCGUUUAUGAAAGCUGGCAAGGACGAGGGGAAGAGAGGUGGCUGCAUCAGUGCAUUUGACUCGUUCAGUGGGGGGAGGGUUAGACACGUCGCCCUCAUUGAAGACCUAAUCAACCUGGCGAAGUGCUAA